GUCAUUUCGUGUGUUUUCAAGCAAACAGUAUCCGGCGUCUCCGAUUCUUACCGAGAGCACAUCACGAUAAUCAAAUUAAAGGAUAAAGAAAUGUUUAAAUGAAACGGAAUAUAAACCUGGAUGAUGUGAAUAAAUUGUAGUAUAACAUUAUACUAUAACUUUGACGUAGUUUAAAGUCUUUGUCGUAUUAUACUGUUUCUUCACAGCGAAUUUGAAUACUUUAUUUAAUAGCCAGGAUGGCUGAUAGUGCAGCAAUAGAAAGGGAAAAGCAUAUGAAACAAUUAAAACGUAGAAUGGAAUGUUGGCGUGAAGUAAUACUUCCAUUGAAUUCCAUUCUAUUAUGGGAACGGUCCUGGUACCCUGGCCUUAUACUUGGAAUUACAACUAUAACAUUUUUUGUAAUAUGGAUGUUGGAACCUGCUAUACUUACAAUAAUAUCUAUAACUCUUCUUAUAUUGGCUUUGAUUGAUUAUCUUGUACCAGUUGUAUUAUCAUUGCUGAGUCCUGUCAACAAAUGGACAGGCCAGAAAGAGAAAAAGUUAAAUGAGAUAUGUCAAAAUUUAUCCGUAAUAAUCUUACAGUUACAAAGUUUGUGGAAAUUGUUGUUAAAAACACGAAAUGAUCGUCCGAAUGUGUAUUAUCCAGGCAUAAUACUUUGUCUUGUCCUUUGUAUAUGGAUUGGAAGCACGGUUAAUAACUUGCUUCUAUUUUAUAUCGCAGUGAGUGUUCUUUUACUUACACCAGGAUUCAGACAUAAGGGACGUGCGAUGUCAGUUAGUAUAGCAUAUGUGUGCGAAUUUCUAUUUCACGAAAAACAAUCAUAAUCAUCAUUUUGUAUGUGUUUUCGUCUUUAUUCUCUGUGAGACUUUAACUACAAUAAAUUAAUUCGUAAUUUAUUAAUUCAUAAUUAGGGAUAACUAGCUUUUCAGCUUUUUAAACGUACAAGUACUGUAAUAUAAAUUGUGUCCUCAUCUCUUUUCAUCGUUUUAUGUGAUAUUUAAGAUUGCAGUUCGUUUUACACGCAAUUUUAUAAUAUAAAUAUACUUCCACAUUAUUCUUCAUUCAUCGAUAACAAUAAAAUUAUUUCAUCUUUCAUCAGACUUUAUUUCCACGAAAGUAGUUACUUAAGUAAUGAGAUUUUCGUUAAUGAGAUUGGAUUAAAUAUUAGCAUUAAUUUUAUACUUUUAUGAACAUCAAGUUUAAAAUGUUUGAAAAUGGCGGGUUAGUUAAAUUAAAUAUCCGAUGGCGCUAGUGGUAUAAAUAAGUAUAUUAUAUAUACUUAAUUUUUCGAAGUAAGAGUUACUCAUUUAAUACUAUAAUUUAUGUAUAAUUUAUGUAUAAUUUAUGUAUGUUACGAGAUAAACAUUGCGACUGAAGCAAGAAAUGCAUUGCGUAAUUAUGUUGCAAAUAAUCGUCAAUAUGGAUUCAUUGGUAAUCAUUAGUAUUUCACGUAUCAAUUCGUUUAGACCAAGUUAUUCAAUAUGAAUAUCGAUAGUUUAUAUUAAUUGUUUAUAUGUGCUUACAAAUAAACGUUACUAUGGUGAAA